GAGAAGCCCCGCCGCUUUCCCGCUGCCCCAUUGUCAUGGCCAGUGUCGCGGCUCAGCUUUGACGAUGUUGCUGGGCACUCCGCGGCAGGGCGGCUGGGAUCGCGGCCGAGUGGGUGAGAGGCUGCAGGCGGCCGUGGCUGGCCUCCAGGAGCUCCAGGUGCUGCGGGAGAAGCAGCGGGAGCUGGUGCGGGCCGCCCUGGCCAUGCCGCAGCAGCCGGCGGCGAGCGGAGACCAGCUCCUGUCCGCCCAGAGCAAAGAGCACCGGCUGGAGGCCACACUCACCGCCCUGAAGGAGCAGUUGUCUCGUUUGAGGAGGCAGGAUGUCGGCUUGAAAAGCCACCUGGAUCAGCUAGACCAGCGAAUAAGUGAGCUGAAAUUGGACGUCAGUAAGACCUCUAGUGAAUACUUGGAUAGUGACAGCCGACCCAGCUCAGGCUUCUAUGACCUGAGUGAUGGUGGCUCUUGCUCGCUCUCCAACUCCUGUACUUCUGUGUACAGUGAGUCUAUCUCCUCUUCCCACACCAGUCUCUUGCCUAGCUCUCAACAUCCUAAAGCAAGGCUCAGUGUGUUUGAUUAUCGACCCAAGUCUGCAGAUGAAACUACUGUGCACACCACCAGCUUCCAACAGCAGGGAACCUGUGCCAGUGAUGGAUAUCAGAUUGCAGCUAGCACAGACAUCUCGGGGACUCCUACCAGGUCCCGACCAAGACCAGUUUCCACAGGUGACUUGGAAAGACUCGUUCCACCAGACAAAAGAUUUCAGAAAGAGACAGAUCCUAAAUCUGUGUUGCCUCUGUACCAUGAUGGAGACAUGCACUUGCUCAGCAUGGACCCCAAAUUCCAGAAUGACUUGGUCUCCAAGAAUGGUAUCGAUAUGUAUCUUUAUCCAAGCCCCCUUCAUGCGGUGGCUUUACAGAGUCCUCUUUUCUCCCUGGCUGGGACAUCCCCAGAAGCAGACCUCCAGGCUCCUCCCAGUAAGCCCAUGACUAGUGCAACAGGUCCCAGCUUAAUUAGGACUAGGCCAGCCACUGAGGCCAAGCCAGGGGGCUACAUCAAUAAAUUGCUGCAGCUGACAAGAUGCAAAGGGAACAAUCGGGCUGAUGCCAGUGAGUGGGUUUCAACAAAGAGCCAGCCAGCCACAAUGCACCAGAGACUCAUUAUAACCCCCAGCACUGGUGGAGUGAAAAUUAACAGCAGCAGUAGCCAGCUGGAAAAACAAGUGAGUUCUCUGGAAAGUAACAAAGCUGAAGGGAAGCUGCAGAGAGUGUUGCUGGAGGGGGAAUGUGCCACGCAGCAGGAGACCGUGCACUGUGUGAAUGAAGAGCAGCCGUCCACUUGGCCUGACACAGAGCCAUCAGCUGUGAAUAAUUGUUAUCCUGCCAAGUCAGCAGGAAGGGGAUCUCCUUUGGCAGAAGCAACAGAAAGCAGUGUGGAGUGCAGUUCAUCCAGCUCACAGCUGUACCAGGAAGACUCCAGCCUGGACACCUGGAACACUAAAGCCAACCCACCCAGAAAGCAUCCUGUCAAAAGAUCUGGCAGUACCAAGCUAGCUAAUACUGGGGGUCAUGAGCGAGCAGCAAGAAGUGAGUUUGUUCAUGCUCAGUUCGUCCCUGCAGAAUCCCACCAUGUCCGGGUCAAGUUUGCCAGCUCCAAAACAAAGGCAGUGAAGAUAAAGAGGAGGAACAGUGAAAAGGUACUACGGCCUGGGAAGCAAACAGUUUGCAUGGAGAAGGUCAGAGGGUCCCAUGGGGUUGCCAAGCUGCCUGCUGAGUGGAAUCAACCCCAAAGACCACAGGGAGCGAAGAGCCUUGUGAGGAGACCUUCGUAUUCUGGUGGUGUGACUGGCAGAUCAUGCUCAGAGUCUAGUCUGUUCCCUGUGCAGGUCAAACUCCCCACUGUGCCGCCCAGGCCAGAGCUCUGCAGAGCUUCGGCCAAUGCACUGUAUUCCCUCGAAGCAGCUGGUAUAGACUCAGCCAACAAGAAGCAGCAGCGCAAAUGGCAGUCCACAGGGGAGAUCUCUGCCAAGACCCACUUGGCCAGCGUCCCUAGUGGACUUGGCUUGGGAGCUCCAAAGCAGCCAGCAAGGAGAGCUGGUGUCCUGCGCACUGUCAGUAUGAGGGCUCGCUCCAAGAGUCAGCGCCGGGGAGCCUAUGCCAAAAGUGAGUCAGACCACUCAGAGUACUCUGCAGAGUGUGCUUCCCUCUUUCACUCCACCAUCGCAGAAACCAGUGAAGGGGAGGUCAGUGAUUUCACGACUAACCGUUUUGGGGACAGUGAGUCCAGCGAAAGUGAUUCAGAUGGCAGCAGCAACAGUAGCAGCCUUGCCCUUGACUAUGAUGAAGGGGAUGAAAGUGAGCUGAUUUGGCCUGAAGGUUCGGUCAGACAAUCAGAAACUGUCCAGGCUUCUUCCAAGCCUCUUCCCCCAGUGCCCAAAAUUUGUCGUAUCAAAGCUUCAAAGGCACUAAAGAAGAAGAUUAGGAGGUUCCAACCUGCUUCCCUGAAGGUCAUGACCAUGGUUUAAGGGACAGCAAGCAGGUUUCUUAGGGAGACAGCCUGCUGGGUCUCAUUUGCAAAAGAAGAGAACCUAUGUGCAGAGGAAAGGACUUGCUUGAAGGAACUGUGAAUAAUCCCUGAAUGGACACAAGGGAUUUUGUUUGUUAAUACCCAGACAUAAUUGUCACUGUAUCCAAUGUCCUCUUUUGCCAUUUAUUCUGUAAAUAUGUAUUUGUGUAUAGUGUGUAAUGCCUUUUUUUACUAUGCAGAAGGGUCACCGUGCUGAAAAUGAAAGCAAACUCUGACA